AUGGAAAUCGCUGGAAUUGAACAGGAUACCUACAUCCUAAAUUUGCUGAUAAAUGCUUUCUGUCACUGCUCGCAGCUGAGAUUUGCUUUGUCUACAUUAGCGAGAAUGUUGAAAGCUGGCCAUGAGCCUGAUGUGUUCACAUUUACCACGUUGCUCAGGCCUUUUUGUCUUGAGGAAAAUGCUUCUGUUUAUGAUGCACCAACUUUGUUUAAGAAUAUGAAAGCUAUGGGUUACAAACCUAAUGUUGUGACAUAUAACACUGUCAUUAAAGGUCUGCUUAAUGGUAAUAUGAUUUCUCAAGUGCCUGGUGUACUUGAUCAAAUGUUUGAAAGGGGUUGUCAACCAAAUGCAGUUACUAAAUCUACAUUUAUAAGCGGACUCUGCAAGCAAGAUCUUCAUGGAAGUGCCAUAUUGUUGCUUAGAAAAAUGGAGAAUGAUAACGAAGAUGUCACAACAAAAAAAAAAAUACUCAUUCACAUCACAUAA